ACUUGCUCUGUUUGAUGACUGGAAUACUAUGACUGUGUAUGUGUCAAUGGACAACACCGUUGUUAUUGAAGACAUCAAGAAACAGUGUAAGCAGCCAGGCCGGGAAAGCAGGUCCAGGGCUGGCCCCUGUGGCCGAGGAGAAGUGCCAGCGUCGGGCCAGAGCUGUUCAGAGGCUCAGGGAAGGGCACUUCAGUCCCAAAGGCCCCUGGACUGGAGGCCCCUGCUGCUGGUCAUUCCUCUUCGAAUGGGCAUUAACAGCAUCAACCCCGUGUACAUUCAGGCCUUCAAAGAGUGUUUUAAGAUGCCUCAGUCAUGUGGUGUUUUGGGAGGAAAGCCCAACCUGGCCUAUUAUUUCAUUGGAUUUAUCGAUGAUGAGUUGAUCUAUUUGGACCCUCACACUACGCAGCAGGCUGUGGACACUGAAUCAGGCAGUGCUGUGGACGACCAGAGCUAUCACUGUCAGAGGACCCCACACCGCAUGAAAAUCACUAGCCUGGAUCCAUCUGUUGCACUGGGCUUUUUCUGCAAGAGUGAGGAGGACUUUGACAGCUGGUGUGAUCUGGUUCAGCAGGAGCUCCUCAAGAAAAGAAAUUUGCGGAUGUUCGAGCUGGUAGAGAAACACCCCUCUCAUUGGCCUCCGUUCGUCCCUCCCACCAAACCAGAGGUGCAGACCACAGGAGCAGAGUUCAUCGAGUCCCCAGACAAGCUUUUUGAGUCAGAAGAGGAGUUUGAGAUCCUAAAUGUGUGAUCAGUCCACGGAUGAUGGGAUGUCAGUAGCCUUCCUCUGCUCCACACUGCACAAGUGCCUCCGAUCAACACCAAGCACACGCUUCCCAUACGCAAAAAACAACAGCAGAAAUCCCUUUCAGUGAGCUCGUUCUGUGGUGAACAGGAAAAUAACAAGCCAAGGAUCCCGUAGCAACUUUGUGUGAGGCUUAGCCUCAUUCAGAGGUCGUGUAAGAGACUGUGUUUUUAACUAUGGAAACAAACCGAGAACUUGAGUUUGCAUGAACUUCAUCGUACUGUAUCAUGGAGAGGUGAAGGCUUUCAUGAGGAUGAUAUCUUUACAACCUCAACACACUCUACCUCCUGACUGCAGGAGAUGGAUAGUAUGCAGACAUCUUUAAUUCAGUGUUAUUCAAGGAAAAAAAAGACAACCGUAUUGGUUAAAAAAAAGUGCCUCUCUUUUUGACACAUUUAUGUUUCUGACUGGUAAAGGUGGUUUCCUUUCCUUAUUACAGUGGGUUAAUUAUUUCACCCACCCCUGCACAUCUGUAAAUAUGGCUUCAAAUGAUGAUAUUUAAAUAAGUUUAGCGCGUUUAUAAUUGGUCCUAUCAAUUUUU